AGCUAACUAACGUUAUUCAAUACUUGUCUUUACUUUUAUUAACUUCCAGAUCGUGUCUUUCAGUUGUGGUGUUUUGAUAGAAAUUGUCUAUAUAUUGUAUAACCUGAUAGUGUUGCAGAUGUGAUGUAGUUGAUAUGAUCUGUACUAUUCCAGAGUUAUCAAACAGUUCAGUGUAUAUGAAAGAUCCUGAGAGAGUUGAACAGAUAUUGACCUCCAUGAAAAAUGCUGGACCGAACAAGCUGCAGGUGAUCUCAGAUUUUGAUAUGACUCUCACCAGAUUCUCCUAUAAUGGGAAACGCUGUCCUACCUGCCACAAUAUCUUGGAUAAUAGCAAACUGAUGAGUGAAGACUGCAAAGCCAAGCUGCAGAAUCUUUUGGAAACUUACUACCCCAUUGAGAUUGACUGCACACGCUCAGUAGAAGAGAAGUUACCUCUCAUGGUGGAAUGGUGGACUAAAGCUCACGAUCUGCUGGUGGAGCAGAAGAUCAGGAAGGAUGAUUUGACUUGUGUGGUCAGAGAGUCUGAGGCACGGCUAAGGGAUGAAUACCAGCAGUUUUUUCAUCUUCUGAAUGAGAUGUGUGUUCCUCUGCUCAUCUUCUCUGCUGGGAUUGGAGAUGUGCUGGAAGAAGUGAUCAGACAAGCCGGAGUUUUCCAUCCUAAUGUUAAAGUGUUCUCCAACUAUAUGGAUUUUGAUGAGUCUGGUGUGUUGCGAGCAUUUAAAGGGGAACUGAUUCACAUCUACAACAAACGCGAGGGAGCGAUGCUUAAUAGCGGCCACUUCCAAGAGCUUCACAGUCGCAGUAACGUCCUGCUGCUCGGAGAUUCACUCGGAGAUCUCAACAUGGCCGACGGAGUCACAGACAUGCAGAACAUCAUGAAGAUCGGAUACCUCAAUGACAAGGUGGAUGAGAGAAGACCGUCAUAUUUAGACGCCUAUGACAUCGUCCUGGAAAAAGAUGAAACGAUGCAUGUGCCCAAUGCAAUCCUGCGACACAUCACUGGACAGCCAUGACCUUUUAUCAAACUACUCAAUCAACUCAUUUACAUUAGAACAGAUCAGUGAUGUGGAUCUCUGAUCCAGUUAAAUAAAAUCUUGUUGUUGCAGUUGUUUUGCUACCUCAUCAACUUCUGCACCUUUAUUGUUUUCAUCUAUCCAGAGUUACAAAAGUUCAGCUGGUUUACACGACAGCAGUUGAGUCUCAUUUUUCUGUUCAUGAUUCUUUCCCUCACACAAAUAAACAACUUAUUUUCGA